UAGAGCUGAACACCUUGAACACUGGUGGUGGUCUUUAUUCCAUUUCUUGAGGUUUAAAUUUUUUGAAAACAAGAUGGAGACUGAAAGUGAGAGUAGCACUUCAGGAGACGAUAGUGUCUUUUGGUUGGAUUCUGAAGUUUUAACCGAGAUGACUGGCAGUGAAGGGGGAGAGAGGGAAGACAACUUCAGGAAGAUGAAGUCCUCAGUACAUUCUGAAGAGGAUGAUUUUGUUCCAGAACUACAUAGAAAUGUUCACCCUCGAGAGCGGCCUGAUUGGGAAGAAACACUUAGCACAAUGGCAAGAGGAGCCGAUGUUCCAGAGAUUCCUGGAGAUCUUAGUCUUAAGACAUGUGGCGGUACAGCCAGUAUGAAGGUUAAACAUGUGAAAAAACCCACUAAUCCAGGACUGAUGGGCUGCGACAACAUUCACAGGUUACCCUUCACUAAAGGUCACUUUCCGAAGAUGGCUGAAUGUGCACAUUUCCAUUAUGAGAACGUUGAGUUUGGCAGCAUACAGCUUUCACUUUCAGAAGAACAGAAUGAAAUAACGAAAAAUGGCUGUGAAUCUAAAGAGCUGGUCUACCUCGUGCACAUUGCUUGUCAGGGCAAAAGUUGGAUUGUUAAAAGAAGUUAUGAAGAUUUUCGGGUACUUGAUAAACAUCUUCAUUUAUGUAUUUAUGACCGACGAUUCUCCCAACUCUCAGAGCUUCCCCGUUCUGAUGCCCUGAAGGACAGUCCAGAGUCUGUCACUCAGAUGCUUAUGGCUUACCUAUCCCGCCUUUCAGCUAUUGCUGGCAACAAGAUCAAUUGUGGACCUGCCCUUACUUGGAUGGAGAUUGAUAAUAAGGGAAAUCAUCUUCUAGUUCAUGAGGAAUCAUCCAUUAACACUCCUGCUGUUGGUGCUGCCCACGUUAUCAAGAGGUACACUGCUCGGGCCCCUGAUGAAUUGACUUUAGAGGUGGGAGAUAUCGUUUCUGUUAUUGACAUGCCCCCAAAAGUUUUAAGCACAUGGUGGAGAGGCAAGCAUGGAUUUCAGGUGGGACUCUUCCCUGGACACUGCGUUGAAUUAAUUAAUCAGAAAGUUCCCCAGUCAGUGACCAACUCAGUGCCCAAACCAGUGUCUAAAAAGCACGGCAAGCUCAUUACUUUCUUACGCACAUUCAUGAAGUCUCGUCCAACAAAACAGAAGCUGAAGCAGCGGGGGAUUUUGAAAGAGAGGGUGUUUGGUUGUGACCUGGGGGAGCACCUUCUGAAUUCUGGUUUUGAAGUGCCCCAGGUUCUUCAGAGCUGUACAGCAUUCAUUGAGAGAUAUGGCAUUGUGGAUGGAAUAUAUCGUCUCUCUGGCGUUGCCUCUAAUAUCCAGAGACUACGCCAUGAAUUUGACUCUGAACAUGUCCCCGACUUGACAAAAGAACCAUAUGUUCAAGACAUCCAUUCCGUGGGCUCCCUCUGUAAGCUAUAUUUUCGAGAGCUCCCAAACCCUCUGCUUACCUACCAGCUGUAUGAGAAAUUUUCUGAUGCUGUUUCAGCAGCAACAGAUGAAGAAAGGCUGAUAAAAAUUCACGAUGUCAUCCAGCAACUCCCCCCUCCACACUACAGAACGCUCGAGUUCCUGAUGAGACACUUGUCUCUUCUAGCUGACUAUUGUUCCAUCACAAAUAUGCAUGCAAAAAACCUCGCAAUUGUUUGGGCUCCAAACCUGCUAAGAUCCAAACAGAUAGAAUCUGCCUGCUUCAGUGGAACGGCAGCUUUCAUGGAAGUGAGGAUUCAGUCUGUGGUGGUUGAAUUCAUCCUGAAUCAUGUAGAUGUCCUCUUCAGCGGGAAAAUCAGUGCCGUCAUUCAGGAUGGGGCAGCUUCUCUAUCAAGACCCAAGUCCCUGCUGGUUUCCUCUCCGUCCACCAAGUUGCUGACAUUGGAGGAAGCCCAGGCACGAACGCAAGCUCAGGUCACCUCUCCAAUUGUGACUGAAAAUAAAUACAUCGAAGUAGGAGAAGGACCUGCUGCACUUCAGGGAAAGUUUCAUACCAUAAUUGAGUUCCCACUUGAAAGGAGGAGGCCUCAAAAUAAAAUGAAAAAAUCUCCCGUGGGCAGCUGGCGUUCCUUUUUCAACUUGGGGAAAUCGUCGUCCGUUUCCAAGCGGAAGUUGCAGCGGAACGAGAGUGAGCCUUCCGAGAUGAAAGCCCUGUCUCUGAAAGGUGGCAGGGCAGAAGGAACCCUCCGUUCAGCUAAAAGCGAAGAAUCUCUUACAUCUCUCCAUGCAGUCGAUGGUGACUCCAAGCUGUUCAGACCCAGAAGACCCAGAUCUAGCAGUGACGCACUGAGUGCCUCUUUUAACGGAGAAAUGCUGGGGAACCGCUGUAAUUCCUAUGAUAAUCUGCCCCAUGACAAUGAGAGUGAGGAGGAAGUAGGGCUGCUGCAUAUUCCAGCUCUUAUGUCUCCUCACGCAGCUGAGGAUGUUGACUUGAGCCCACCGGACAUUGGCGUCGCCAGCCUGGAUUUUGACCCAAUGUCAUUUCAGUGCAGCCCCCCUAAGGCUGAAUCAGAAUGUCUGGAGAGCGGGGCUUCCUUUCUAGAUUCAUUAGGAUACUCCCAGGAGAAAUCAAGCUCCAACAAAAAGGAUACAGAAGCAGGUGGUAGCCAGUCUCAGACGCCAGGAAGCACUGCAAGUUCUGAAGCUGUCUCUCCUCUUCAGGAGAAACUGAGUCCAUUCUUUACCCUGGACUUGAGCCCAACUGAAGAGAAAUCAUCCAAGCCAUCCUCAUUCACUGAAAAGGUCGUCUAUGCUUUCUCUCCAAAGAUUGGACGGAAAUUAAGCAAAUCACCUUCUAUGAACAUAUCUGAGCCAAUUUCAGUGACUCUUCCCACUCGGGUGUCAGAAGUCAUCGGGACUGUGUCAAAUACAGCAGCUCCGAAUGCAUCUUCUCCAACCUGGAGCAAAAGUGUUGAAGACAGUGAUGUCAUAAAUAGAUCCCCCACCCAGGUAGGAAAGAUGAAAACAAGUGAGAGAGAGGCCCAAGGAGGAUGUGAGUCUGAAGUCCAGCCCCUAGACCAGGGGGCUGCUGCAGAAGUAGAGUCUCCAGGGAAAGAGGAGCAGGUCGUCGCGAGCAGUCAGAGUAAGGCUGUACCUUCUGGACAGACUCAGACAGGAGCAGUUACCCAUGACCCCCCUCAGGAUUCCGUUCCCGUCAGUUCAGUCUCUCUUAUCCCACCACCACCGCCUCCGAAAAACGUUGCCCGCCUGUUGGCGCUAGCAUUAGCUGAGUCCGCGCAGCAAGCCUCAACUCAGUCACUGAAGAGACCAGGGACUUCCCAGGCUGCUUAUUCACAUUAUGGAGACAUAGCAGUGGCUGCUACCGAAGAUAAACUGCCCAGUCCCUACUCUAGUGUUACUCUAGAUAAAGCCUAUUUCCAAACUGAUAGGCCAGCAGAGGAGUUCCAUCUCCAGAACAGUGUAUCUGGGGACUGUGACCAGCCUAGUCCAGAUCCAGCCGCCCCUGGGAAUCCUCCCCAUGCCAGUGCAACCGAAGCUGGGGAGCAGCUCCACCAGGUAGACUUCCCAGGGAGUUACCCAUAUCGAACCCAUUUACCUGGGGACCCAGACAAGGCCAGAAUCACUUCCGUUCCCUUAAUGGACUCUAAGUCUGAUGAUCACCUAAGUUUCCCCGAAGACCAGUCCGGGAAGACCAGUAUGCCAACUGUCUCCUUUAUGGAUCAGGAACAGGGUCAGCUUCAUUUCUACAGUGGAGAGCAGCCUCCUUCUUAUCUUGGUGCAAGUGUGGAUAAACCCCAUCAUCACCCUUCAGAACUUGCAGACAAGUCUCCCACACCUUCUAAUUUGCCUCGGGACAAAAGCUACCCUCCAUCUGGGUCCCCUGAAGAGAAUCUCAGCACGGCCGCCAUGGCUUACCUGACAACCGCUCUAGCAACAGCCGAGAUGAGCACCAGGGAAGCCAGCUGGGAUGUGGUUGAACAAGCCACCGCAGCUGAUUGCCCUGCUGUCACGCUUCAGCGCCCUCCGAGAACUAAUCGUCCCCUCCCGCCACCUCCUUCCCAGAGAUCAGCAGAGCCGCUGCCAGUCAUGGGGCAGGUACAGGCAGCCACCAACAUAGGACUAAAUAAUUCCCACAAGGUGCAAGUGGUCCCAGCUCCAGAGAGACCACCUGACCCCAGAGCCAUGGAUGACCCCGCACCUGUCCUGGGCAGUGAUGGUGCAGCGGCCCAGUGUCCCGUCUCUGGUCCUGCCCUCCAGCCAAGCCUUCCUGAAAAGGUGCGGGAAGGUGCCAGGGCCCCACCGUUGCCCCUGCGUGCCGACUCCGUCCCCGUGUACUCGUCCUGUGGCUUUCCCACACCGGUUCCCCCCACCAGGACAAUGGAGAAUAAAAUGGCCACAGCCGUACACUCCAGCAGUGUGGACGCCCUCAGCAGUUCCGGCUAUCAUCCCUUUGUCACUGCUUCCUCAGCCUCUGUGGAUGACGCUCUGCCUUUACCACUGCCCGUCCCACAACCUAAGCAUGCUUCGCAGAAAACGACUUAUUCUACCUUUGCUAGGCCUGAUGUCACCACUGAACCCUUUGGGCCAGAAAACUGUUUGCAUUUCAGUAUGAAUCCAAACUGCCAGUACCGUCCCCAGAGUGUACCUCCACAUCAUAAUAAAUUGGAGCAGCACCAGGUGUACGGUUCCAGAUCAGAGCCACCAGCCUCCAUGGGACCUCGUUAUAACACAUACGUGGCCCCGGGAAGAAAUGCAUCUGGACACCACGCCAAACCAUGCAGCCGAGUUGAGUAUGUAUCUUCUUUGGGCUCCACAAUUAGGAGUAGUUGUUACCCUGAAGAUAUUCCCCCGUACCCGACCAUCCGGAGGGUACAGUCUCUCCAUGCCCCUCCAUCUUCCAUGAUUCGCUCUGUUCCCAUUUCCCGGACAGAAGUUCCCCCAGAUGAUGAACCAGCCUACUGCCCAAGACCCCUGUACCAGUAUAAGCCAUAUCAGUCCUCGCAGGCCCGCUCAGAUUAUCAUGUCACUCAGCUUCAGCCUUACUUUGAGAAUGGUCGGGUCCACUACCGGUACAGCCCAUACUCCAGUUCUUCUAGUUCCUAUUACAGUCCAGAAGGAGCCCUGUGUGACGUGGAUGCCUACGGCACAGUACAACUGAGGCCCCUUCACCGCCUACCCAAUCGCGAUUUUGCCUUCUACAAUCCUAGGCUGCAAGGAAAGAACUUGUACAGUUAUGCUGGUUUGCUCCCACGUCCCCGGGCCAACAUGACUGGCUACUUCUCUGGUAAUGACCAUAAUGUAGUCAACAUGCCUCCAACUGCUGACGUAAAGCACACGUACACAUCAUGGGAUCUCGAGGACAUGGAAAAAUACCGCAUGCAAUCCAUCCGGAGAGAGAGCCGCGCUCGGCAGAAGGUGAAAGGGCCUGUUAUGUCCCAGUAUGAUAACAUGACCCCAGCCGUGCAAGAUGACUUGGGUGGGAUCUAUGUCAUCCACCUCCGUAGUAAAUCAGAUCCUGGGAAAACUGGACUUCUCUCGGUGGCAGAGGGAAAGGAGGGGCGGCAUCCAGCCAAGGCCGUCAGUCCUGAGGGAGAGGACCGCUUCUAUAGGAAGCAUCCAGAGCCAGAGUUCGAUAGAGCCCACCACCACGGAGGAUAUGGCAAUGGACAGUCAGAGAAACCGACUCUCCCUCAGAAGCAAAGUAGCCUCAGGAACAGGAAGCUUCACGACAUGGGUUGUAGUCUCCCUGAGCACAGGGCACAUCAGGAAGCAAGCCAUAGGCAGUUAUGUGAAUCAAAAAAUGGGCCACCUUACCCGCAAGGAGCUGGCCAGUUAGAUUAUGGGCCCAAAGGGAUUCCAGACACUUCUGAGCCAGUCAGCUACCAUAACUCUGGAGGGAAAUAUAUUCCAUCGGGGCAGGAGUCUCUCAGACUGAACCACAAAGAGGUGAGGCUCUCCAAAGAGCUGGAGAGGCCUCGGGCUAGGCCUCCUGCCCCAGAGAAACACUCCAGAGACUGCUACAAGGAGGAGGAACACCUCCCCCAGUCAAUAGUCCCACCCCCGAAACCGGAGAGGAGUCACAGCCUGAAACUCCAUCAUACUCAGAAUGUGGAGAGGGACCCCGGUGUUCUGUACCAAUACCAAACACAUGGCAAGCGCCAGAGCAGUAUGACUGUUGUGUCCCAGUAUGAUAACCUGGAGGGUUACCACUCCCCACCCCAGCACCAGCGAGGAGGCUUUGGAGGAGGAGCAAUGGGGACCUAUGUGGCCCCUGGCUUUCCCCACCCACAAAACAGGACAUAUGCUACAGCUUUGGGUCAGGGGGCCUUCCUGCCCACAGAGUUGUCUUUGCAGCACCCUGAAACACAGAUCCAUGCAGAAUGAGCCCUGGAGCAAUAGAGAUGAAGCAGCCUCUGCUGGACAGUGGACUGUUCUAUUUUUUUUCAGUAACCAAAAAGAUUAAA